AUGAUAUUCAAAAACAUUUUUCAGCUAAUUCAACUGCCCAGCGACCCGUCACCACCAGGUGGUCCACGAAAGGAAGCCGACCCACCUGAGGACGCUUAUAUUUGCGAUAGCUGUGAGUUUGUGACCAUCUACAAGGGUAAUAUGAAAAGGCACCUCAACACUUGUCAUCCAGCGCCCGACUGUAAGGAUCUGAAAGAGUGGGACCGGAAGCUGGAAAGUAUGCGAGCGUCAGUAAUGGGCAUGAGCCGUGUGGAGAUGAUUGACCGACUCAAUGCUCAUCGAAUGAAUUCGACACGUGGACGAAAACCAAGGGGAAAGAAACAUGACGAUAGUGCUCAGGUAGGCGCUGUGCUCUGGAGAGGGUCAUGA